AUGCUGGAGCGAGACGCAGAGGCGGAGGCUGAGGCCACAGACACUCGUCCUGCAGGCCAGGAGCCAGUGACCAAAGGCGGAGCUCGCCAGCAGGGUUCGUCCAAGAAGCCCCCCCAGUCGGCUCCGGGGCCUGCUGCGCCCACAGAGACGCCAUCGCGACCCCGCCGCCGCCCCCCGCCCCAGCGCCCGCACCGGUGCCCCGACUGCAACAAGGCCUUCUCGUACCCGUCCAAGCUGGCCACGCACCGCUUGGCGCACGGUGGCGCCCGCCCCCACCCAUGCCCCGACUGCCCCAAGGCCUUCUCCUACCCGUCCAAGCUGGCCGCCCACCGCCUCACGCACAGCGGCGCCCGCCCGCACCCGUGCCCGCACUGCCCGAAGGCCUUCGGCCACCGCUCCAAGCUGGCCGCCCACCUCUGGACGCACGCGCCCGCCCGCCCCUACCCGUGCCCGGACUGCCCCAAGUCCUUCUGCUACCCCUCCAAACUGGCUGCGCACCGACACACGCACCACGCCACCGAGGCCCGCCCCUACCCGUGUCCACACUGCCCCAAGGCCUUCUCGUUCCCCUCCAAACUGGCCGCCCACCGCCUGUGCCACGACCCCCCCACCGCGCCCAGCAGCCGGGCCACCGCCCGGCGACAUCGCUGCUCCAGCUGCGGCCAGGCCUUCGGCCAGAGGCGCCUCCUGCUCCUUCACCAGCGCGGCCACCACCAGGCGGAGAGCCAGGGGGAGCGGGAGUGA